GGGGAUGUGUUUUGCAGUGGCAGGGACUGGGAGACUAGUCAGGAUCGAGGAAAAGGUGCCAGAGGAAAGUACAGAGAGAUUCUUGAUGAAAACCUGCUCCAGAGCGCUCAGGACCUCAGACUGCGGCGAAGGUUCACCUUCCAACAGGACAACGACACUAGGCACACAGCCAAGGCAACGCAGGAGUGGCUUCGGGACAAGUCUGAAUGUCCUUGAAUGGCCCAGCCAGAGCCCAGACAUGAACCAGAUCGAACAUCUCUAGAGAGACUUGAAGAUGGCUGUGCAGCAACGCUCCCCAUCCAACCUGACAGAGCUUGAGAGGAUCUGCAGAGAAAAAUGGGAGCAACUUCCCAAAUACAGGUGUGCCAAGCUUGCAACGUCAUACCCAAGAAGACUCAAGGCUGUAAUCGCUGCCAAAGGUGCUUCAACAAGUACUGAGUAAAGGGUCUGAAUAAUUAUGUAAAUGUGAUAUUUCAGUUUUUUGAUUUUUAAUAAAUUAGUAAACAUUUCUAAAAACCUGUUUCUGCUUUGUCUUUAUGGGGUAUUGUGUAUAGAUUGAUGAGGGGACAAAAUAUUUAAUCAAUUUUGGAAUAAGGCUGUAAUGUAACAAAAUGUGGAAAAAGUCAAGGAGUCUGAAUACUUACCGAAUGCACUGUAUCUAGGAUAUAGAAGCUCAGAAGACAAAAAUAAUUUGGAGACAAAUAUUUAAACCCCUUUAGUUGUUGGCCACAAAACACCCAUACAUUAUUUAAAUCAGUUACCUUCAGACGAGUCCCAUGACAGCCUCCACUGAUCGCCAGUGGUGUUUUUUGUAUUAGUUUUAAACAUGAGCUGGUUAAAAAAUACAUGGACCGUGUCUCGCCAGUCACUGAUACAGAAAUGGUUGAGAAACGCUGUACUGUACUGCCAAUAUUGGCUAUGGCGGUCAAGUGACCGGGCGAAAUCAGUGAAGGAGGCGCCCCAUGCUCAAAUGGAACAGUCAUCUGCGCUGCGCUGUUGUGUCAUUUUGUCAACAAUCCAGCAUGGGCCAAUGGCUGUAUAAAGAAUGGACAAAACCAUCGAUCACGUGACUCCAUUCAUCCUAUAGGACGAGUCAAUAGCGCAUGACACGCUCAGUUUGAGCUACUCCAGGAAUGGACUUUGCAGGCUAGCUCAGUGCUGCCCCCUCUGAGUAACUGAAGUUGAAGGCCGACCGGGGUACUGCAGGUUGCCAGUACGAUUUUACAAAAGUCGGACAUACAUCUGGUGUAUUAGAAGCAAUUAUUACUAUGCUUGUAUUCAAUUUAAAAACCUGCAGUACCGCUGUCGGCCUUGACUCUCCGUGGCUUCAAUGAGAGGGAAUCGUUUUCCCCUGAGUAUGCUGCGUCGUUUGAGAAACAUACAAACAUCUCUUUUCCACAAAAUAUAUGUUGACGUUUUAAAAAAAUAUUUUGCUUUGGAGAGGUAGAUAAAGUGUUUAUCAUAGUCAAUCACUUUUGUAUUUUUCUUACAAUUUUGUUUACUUGGAUAGGGACAAACACAUUGACACAUUGAACAACAAUCGUCCGAUGCAUUUGCACUGAAGUAUUACAAUCAAAUGUUCAACACCACCAGACCUAUGGGCUUUUAUGGAAACAAAAAUAAAGAAUGAAAAAAAAGUAUAUGAAAGAUAAAGUAUACAUCUGUUGUAUUGUGAUACGCUGGUUGUAAUUCUUCCUACUGCCCACCAGGGGGAGCUGAACUCUUCACUGGGAAGCUGCUCGGGAAGAGCAGGAGGUUUGAGAAGGUUACACGGAUCUUUGAACACGCCUCCCAACACAACCAGAGCCAUGCCCAGCAGACAGAGAGACAGAUAAAGGAGGAGUUUGAGAAGCUGCACCAGUUCCUGAGAGAGGAGGAGGAAGCCAGGCUAGCCAGGCUGAGGGAGGAAGAGGAGGAGAGGAAUAGAGUGAUGAAGGAAAAGAGAGAGAGAGUGGGAAAAGAGAUGAAGCUGCUGGCUAAAACCAUCCGAGAGAUAGAGGAAGAGAUGAAGGAAGACAGGGAUGACAUCGCCUUUCUGCAGGACGUGGCAGAGGCAUGGGGAGCCAGAGGAGGUGUGUGGUCCUCUGAUAGACGUGUCCAAACACCUGACCAACCUCCGUUACUCCGCCUGGAACGACAUGCUGCACAUAACCCCUUACACUCCAGUAACCCUGGACCCGACCACGUCCUGCCCAUCUCUGGUCCUCUCCCUGGGCUAACCUCUGUCCAGCUGGGAAAGGAGAGGAUCCAGAUCCAGCCUGCUAACCCAGAGAGAUUUGACCCGAUCGACUGCGCUCUGGGCUGGGAAGGAUUCAGUGCCGGCACCCACUGCUGGACCGUGGAGGUUGGAGAGAGCAGCAACUGGACAGUUGGUGUGGCUAGCCAAUCGGUGCGUAGGAGGGAGGAGUUUGAGGCGUGUCCGGAGGAGGGGCUAUGGACCCUCAGCCUACGGAAUGGGACGUACCGUGCCAUGACCACACCCUGUACCACCCUCCCUCUGGACUGGUCCCGCCCCUUUCACAGGAUCAAGGUGUUUCUGGACUGGGAGGAGGGUCAGGUGGAAUUCUGGGAUGCCAUGAGGGACAAACUCCUGUUCACCUUCACGCACCGCUUCACAGAGACGCUGUAUCCGUACUUCGAGAGCAGCUGUUCUAAGUGCUGGCUAGUGGUGUUACCCCAGAGAGUGUGUGUGGAGGUAGAGCUAGAUCCUAUCCCUGGGGAUGACGAUGGAGACCAGAUCCCACACGACGGAUCAUCCAAUGAGGGAGAGGAUACCGAGACUAGAUCCACUGACGACAGCAAGCUGACAGAAACCGGAUCCCCUGUCGAAGCCCAGAUCCCAAUGACCGGAUCUCCCAAGAUCUCAACCACUGACCAGAACCAAGAGACAAGAUCCCCUGACAAAACGUCAAACACCGGAUCCGCUCAAAGGAUGGGCCGGAUCCCAAAGACUAAAUCCACCGGAAAGGGAAAGAUCCCACAGACUGGAUUCGCUGUUCAGAAGCAGAUCAAAAACACGAGAUCCAAUGGAAGCUACCACAUCACGAAGGAUAGGCCGCUAGUCCAGGUCAGGAGGACAGGAUCCACUGAGUGAUCCACUGAGAGAACCACUGAGAGAUCCACAAGCAACAACACAGAGAUCAAGUUGCCCUGCAGCUGAGCCCAGAUCAUCCAACACACAAGAGAUCACCCAACACAGACUAGAUCCCCUACCUCCACAGACUAGAUCUCCUACCUCCACAGACUAGACCCCCUACCUCCAUAGACUAGAUCCGCUACCUCCAUAGACUAGAUCCCCUACCUCCAUAGACUAGAUCCCCUACCUCCAUAGACUAGAUCCCCUACCUCCGUAGACUAGAUCUCCUACCUCCACAGACUAGAUCCCCUACCUCCACAGACUAGAUCCCCUACCUCUGUUGACUAGAUCCCCUACCUCCGUUGACUAGAUCUCCUACCUCCGUUGACUAGAUCCCCUAUCUCCGUUGACUAGAUCCCCUACCUCCGUUGACUAGAUCUCCUACCUCCGUUGACUAGAUCUCCUACCUCCGUUGACUAGAUCCCCUACCUCCGUUGACUAGAUCUCCUACCUCCGUUGACUAGAUCCCCUACCUCCAUAGACUAGAUCCCCUACCUCCACAGACUAGAUCCCCUACCUCCACAGACUAGAUCUCCUACCUCCACAGACAUUUUAACAUUUAAGUCAUUUAGCAGACGCUCUUAUCCAGAGCGACUUACAAAUUGGUGCGUUCACCUUAAGACAUCCAGUGGAACAGCCACUUUACAAUAGUGCAUCUAAAUCUAGUAAA